GCAAAGAGCGGAAGCAUAGAGUGAACAAGGUCGGCGACGGAUCGGACAAUGGCCGUUUUGAUCCCGUCCACAACCCACUCCCUCUCUUGUCGCCAUGUCACCCUGCGAAAUACUCACCUCGGCCCGAGAAGAAGAGAAGGCCGGCGCUUUGCCCUUGUUGCUGGAUGACUACGCAAUUACGUCCAAUGGCUUUCUCCCCGAGGAGCCACCGCUAAAGAGGCUUCCACAUCCCUACUACUCUCCUUGGGAAACUCUGGUAGAGUGCCUCCCAACCGCCAUCGCAGAGCAAACCCUCCGACAACAGGUCGACGGCCUCCCUAUCUUGUCAACAGACCACCUGGCCAGGGAACAAGAAUGGCGACGAGCAUACGUGGUGCUAGGCUUCCUUACCCAUGGCUACAUCUGGGGCGGUGACACCGCGGCCGAGAUCCUUCCCCCCUCCAUAACCCGCCCGCUCCUAGCGGUCUCCCACCACCUAGGCAUCCCACCCGUCGCCGCCUACGCCUCUCUCAAUCUCUGGAACUUCACCUCCGCCUCGCCCGCCAACGACCUAAGCGACCUCGACGCCCUCCAGGCGCUGCACACCUUCACCGGCACGCCCGACGAGUCCUGGUUCUACAUGGUCUCCGUGGCCAUGGAAAGCCAGGGGGCCUACAUCAUUCCGGUCAUGCUCACCGCCCUGCACACCCUCUCCACUUCCCCUCCUUCACGGAUCUCGUCCUCUUCCCUCCCCACCGCCACAAAAGCCCUAACCGAAAUGACGACCUGCAUCCACAAGUUGGGAAACCUGUUAGACCGCAUGGACGAGCACUGCAGCCCGCAAGUCUUUUACCACCGCAUCCGUCCCUUCCUGGCCGGCAGCAAGAACAUGGUUGCCGCGGGUUUGCCCAGGGGCGUGUUCUAUGACGAAGGGGACGGUAGGGGCGAGUGGCGGCAGUUGAGGGGGGGAAGUAACGGACAGAGCUCGCUGAUUCAAUUUCUGGAUGUUGUGCUUGGGGUGGAGCAUGCUGCUGAGGGGAACGCGAGUCCUGACUCUGAUUCAAAGACGAAUGGUCAUGAUUACGGUCGGGUGGCUGGUAAAUUCCCGGUGAGCUUUCACCAGGAGGUGAGGGGUUACAUGCCGGAGCCGCAUCGGAGGUUCUUGGAGGAUGUGGCUGCGCGGUGGCCUGGGGGGAUGAGGAAGGCCGUGGGGGAGGUUUUGAUGGCGGUUGGUGGAGAUGAGAAGGAGGAGCGGUUCAGUAACGAGCAGCGGGCGCUGAGGGAGGCGUUUCGUAUGGCGACCAAGUCGCUGGCCGAGUUCAGGAAUAAGCACCUGCAGAUUGUGGCCAGGUAUAUUGUGAUCCCGUCGCGGCAGCUAAACUGGAGUCAGGGCGUCAACCUGGCGACGGCAUCGUCGAGGCUGAGGGCGACUUCGUCUGCCAUGGGGAGGGAUGCGAUGUCAGACGGUGGAGCAGAAUUGACUGGGACAGGAGGGACUGCUUUGCUGCCGUUUUUGAAGCAAUCAAGGAAUGAGACGUUCCGGGCUGGUGGGUUCCAUGUUCAAUGACACUGGUAGCGGCUGGAAGUGGAACGCACUACUAGGAAUUAGCAUCAUAUCGACUGGGUGACUGUUUGCUGGGCGGUCAGCAUGUCAGGAGAGCAGAGGCAAUACCUUGCUACAAAAGAGGCGUAACUGCUGCCAUGCUGGUUCACCGUCACGCCGCAGGCCAAACA